GUUGUGCUGCUGCUAAUUGAUAGUAGAGCUGACGUCAGCGCUGAGGGUGGAGCACUUGGUCUAUCUCCUCAUGGUACUGCGCUCGCAGCUGCUUUAUUUCGAGGUCAUCAAGACAUUAUGGAGCUUUUGCUCGAUCGUGGAGCAGACGUUAAUCAGAUUGUUUUGCGCUACAGUACAGCUCUAGGGGCUGCUUUAAUAAAGGGACAUAAGGAUGUAGUUAGUUACCUGCUCCUUAAGAGUGCGGAUAUCUACAGAGAAGGUAGCUAUUUUACAAAUGCAAUCACGGCCGCUGCUUAG